AUGGCCGCCGUCCGCCGCCUGGACCUCCCCGUGGUGGACCUCGCGUCCCCCGACCGUCGCGCCGCCGCCAAGUCCAUCCGCCAGGCGUGCGUGGAGUACGGCUUCUUCUACGUGAUCAACCACGGGAUCGAGCGCGCCCUGCUGGAGCGGGUGUUCGCCGACAGCCGCAAGUUCUUCGAGCAGACCAUGGAGGAGAAGAUGGCGCUGGGGAAGAACAGCAGAUACAGGGGCUACACCUGGCCCUACUCCGAGAAGGUCGACGACUCCCCCGAGUCACGAGGAGAUUCCAAGGAGACAUUUUAUAUUGGCCCAAUGGAUGAUGAAAAUUUGGAGAAUAACAUUAAUCAGUGGCCUUGUGAAGAACUCUUCCCUUCCUGGAAAAAGACUAUGCAAUCAUACCAUGCAAAUGCAUUGACUACAGGCAAAAGAAUAUUGUCCCUAAUUGCUUUGAGUUUGGACCUUGACGCUGAAUUCUUUCACAAGAACGGUGCAUUUGAACCCCCUUCAGCAUUUAUUCGAUUAUUACACUAUGCAGGUGACGUAAAUGGUCCAGACAACAAAGACAUUGUUGGUGCAGCAGCGCACUCGGAUUAUGGAAUGCUAACCCUUUUAGCAACAGAUGGAACACCUGGCUUGCAGGCAUAG